AUGGGUAGAUUUGGAAAUCAAGCGGAUAAUUUCUUAGAAAAAUGGCCAGUUUUAGCAUUCACUGGUGCACCAGCUAGCUUUCCCGUGCAGAAAGAAAAUGUCUAUUUACAAAAAUUUUUAAAAUGGAAUAAUGGCAUUGUAAACAUGAUGAAAAGUUUCAUCAAAAAGAAUAUGAGUGGUGGUGGAUUUAUAGAAAAGUCGGAAAUAAUUAAGCAAGUAAAGCGAGCUAUUAAGAAGUUGAGUGAUAUAAAAUUUCUCUUCGUUGCUUCAGAUUCUAAUCAUAUGAUAGAAGAUUUCAAAACGGCUUUACGUCAAUUUGAUCCUUUG